AUGUGGACCCUCAAAGAGGAAGCUCAGAGGCACGACGAAUGGGCCACAAACCGGUUCAUGUUACGAUAUAUGACCCGGCACAUUUUCACUGAGCCCGAAUGGAUACUUGGGACUGAAGUUCCUCCCAAAGACACUCAUAGUCAACUUCGGAUGGACAUCUCUGUCCAAAACUACAACACCGAAGCGAGAGUUCUGCAAUUUCGUUUGAUCGGACAGGCAAAGAAAGGGAAGGCUUCACCCUCGCACAUCUCCAGGGUUGAAGCCCAGGCCCACCAGCUGUGUCAAGAGUAUCUGGUGGAGAAUAAACUUCAGUCCGUCUGGGCGAUGACCUAUUUCGGUACCAAAGCUCGAAUUUGGGCAUGCGAGCGCAAGAGCAAGUAUCUCGCGCCUUUCUACCCUUUUGAAGGGGAAUUAGGCGACAGAGAUGCCUAUGCAGACAUCGUCGAGUGCGAGAGCCACUUCACCUGGGCUUUUCAAAAGGUCAAAGAGAUCGCUGUCCCAGACCCUAAGACGCUCCGUCAAUUAUACGUCGACGCUCACGCCGAGGUCGCUCAGGAAUAUACGGCGGCGAACGUCGCGACGUCGUCUUGGUAUUAG